UAUGACAGCGGAGAUAUUUCCAUUCAUGCAAUUAAUUAAUCUGAAAAUUCAAAAUAAGCCCAUCCCGAUCCAAUAUGAACCGAUUUGAGUAUGCACCAGCACAAUUUCGUGAAGACGAAGACUUUGUGAGCAAGGACAAAAGUGUGAAGCUGUACGAUGGAGAUGAAAAGACAUCGUACGAGGAUGGUGAGGUAAUUUUGACGACUCAUCGACUGUUUUGGGGUCGUCCUGGUGAAAUAAGUCGAGGUAUGACUGUAUUGUGCCUUCAAUUGAAAUACGUUCAAAGCAUCGACGAGGAAACGGCAAGCUCAUUCGUAUUCGGCCGAAAGAAACGAACUAUUUUACAUUUGUCUCUGCCAGAGAGAGAUAAAACGCCAGGUCCAAGUAAUAGUAGCUCCGCUAAUUUCAUUAAACUGUCCGGAAGGAAUGGCAUGGACGAAGAGUUUGUAAAAUCGUUGAAAGAAACAGUAAGCGCAAAGGUAUGGCAAACUGCCGUAAGCAACCAAACCGCCUCUGCAGCCAAUACUAAAGUGCCUAGGAUAAAAUUGCGGACUGGAAUUGUCGGCAUCGAAAGAAAUUUGCAAGAGAAACAAAAGCAAACUGAUGACAGCAUACAACUGGCGUUCCAGGACUUGAACAAACUGAUGAAAAUGGCAAAAGAAAUGGUGGGUCUGUCAGCACUGAUCAGCACUAAAAUUCGCGAAAGGCAGGGCGACAUUUCAGAAGACGAAACGGUUCGCUUCAAAUCGUACCUGAUGAGUUUGGGCAUCGACGAUCCGGUCACUAGGGACGGCUAUCAGAGCAAUUCGGAAUACUAUACGAAUCUGUCCCGGCAAAUCUGCCAGAUUAUGUUGGAUCCGAUCACUGAAGCCGGCGGAAUGAUGAGCUUGGCUGAUGUGUAUUGUCGGGUGAACAGAGCCCGUGGCUUGGAAUUGCUGUCCCCGGAAGAUCUUUUGAAUGCAUGCAAAGUAAUGAGUGGACCCGUAAAAUUGAGGCAGUUUCCCAGUGGCGCCAUGGUUUUGCAACUUGAAAGUCACGAUGAAGAGGCGGUGGCUGUCGCUACCACUGAAAUUGUCGAGGAGAAGAAAUCGAUGUCCGUUGAGGAGUUAGCUAGAAUCUUAAGCAUUUCAAUGAUUUUAGCCCAAGAACGACUGUUGAUCGCUGAAAGAGCCGGGAAUUUGUGUCGUGACGAAUCCAUGGAAGGCUUAAGAUUCUAUCCGAAUUUGUUUUUGAAGAAUCAAUAGAAAAUUGCCAUAUUGCUAAUCA